AGAGAGCUCAAAAAACCGUCCAUAUUACAGCUGCUUUGUCAGAACUAUAUGUCCACUUGUGCAAUGCUGCGAUUCCAUCCAUGACUGAGAAUCAAACCCAUCUGCCCCCACAGCACGUUUGAUGGUGAUGGACCCUCCUGGUGGGGGAAGCGAACGGCGGAGGCAGGCAGAGCGUCUUCGACGGGAGGAGGCAUACUACAACUUCAUUAAUGAACUGAGUGAAGAUGAAUACCGCCUGAUGAGAGAUGGCAAUCUGCUGGGCACUCCUGGGGAGGUGACUGCAGAGGAGCUCCGUCAGCGCCUGGAUGGAGCAAAGGAGCGGGUUUCGUCUCAGCCCCACACCGAGCAACGAUCGCAGACUGCCGAUUCUGGAGAGCAGCAGAGCAGUAGCAGCGGAGGAGAGGAGAGAGGGGCUGGAGGAAGAGGAGGGCCAGGGGUCACAGAAGCUGGAGCAGAACCUUCUAAUGGUGAUUCAUUACUGGAGUGGCUGAAUACGUUCAGGCGCACUGGUAAUGCUACCCGAAGUGGCCAGAGUGGCAACCAGACGUGGAGGGCUGUCAGCCGGACCAAUCCAAACAGCGGGGAAUUUCGUUUCAGCCUCGAGAUCAACAUAAACCACGAUCAGCCUGAGCCGGGAGAGCAUAUUGAAAUGGUGAACUCUGCAGAUGUCCCAGAACUGCCAGUGAUUCCUCUAAGCCCCUCUGCACCCUCUGUCCGCACUGUAUCCCCGCUCUCCAGCUCUCAGCCUUCAGCAACACUGAGGCCAGCUCCGUAUCCCUCCCCACGCCCGGCCAUACGAAGGAUCGAGACCCGGCGAACACGCAGCAGCACCACCGCUCUGUCCGUGGGCCCCGUCACACUUCCUCCUGCAGAGAUGGUCCCAGUUGCCACUCCACGGCGGGCUUCUACUUUGCACUCUUCAGCACCUUCUCCCGCUGUCUCCAGUCCUCCCUUUGAACAGACCACUCCAUUUCAGCAUCAAGUCCUGAAUGUAGAAGUAGAGCAGGGGCAUAAUGAACUGCCUGCUUCUCUAGACUGUCCUCGGGUGUCGCCUCAGGGUGAAUCGCAUCCCCAGGCUGUGGGACACGAAUUGCGCAGCAGCCGGACUCGAUCACGUGGCCGAGCGCGCAGGUCUGCAGCGGGCAGUGGAGUUGCAUCUCGUGCAUCGAGAAGAAGUCGAUCCCCUUUGAACAGAACGCCUGGUGUCAGUACCUCCCCACCAUCCGGGAGCGGUCCGAAUGGGUCUAUGGUCCAAACUGGUGAGCCGAGCGGUGUCACAACCUCUGUAUCCAUGGAGACUGGAGGAAUUGUGUCAGAACCAGAUGCUGUGCUGGAGUCCGCUGUGGAAACAGUAGAGCGUGCGAGUGAGUCGCCCCCAGCAGGAGCAGGAAGCUCCGCGGUCAGACGGCAUCCAACAAUCAUGCUGGACUUGCAGGUGAGAAGGAUUCGGCCUGGCGAGAACAGGGACCGGGACAGCAUCGCCAGCAGAACUCGAUCCCGUGCACGGGUUGCAGAGAACACUGUUACAUUCGAAAGCGACAGCGGUGGGUUUAGGCGCACCAUUUCCCGUUCGGAGCGAGCCGGUAUCCGCACCUACGUCAGCACCAUCCGUAUUCCACUGAGACGCAUUAGCGAGACGGGCCUCGGGGAACCCAACUCCACCGCCCUGCGCUCCAUCUUGCGUCAGAUUAUGACUGGCUUUGGAGAGCUUAGCUCUCUCAUGGAGACGGAGGCGAGUUCUGAAAGCGUUGCGCCCAGCCUUGCAGAUGUCGGCGCUACAAACAGCAGCAGCAGUCGUCUACAUCUAAAUGAGAAUGGACCUGGCCAGGUUGGGACAGGUGAGGUUCUUCAGGGGAUGGAGGGGCAUGUGAGCAGUGAGGACGGGCAGAUCGGGCAGGCCAGACUUGGGGGUGGAGUAGUUGGCUCCGCAGACGGACGGGCAAACAGCAGAGACACCAACAACCUGGUGGAAAAUGGCACCCUGCCCAUCCUGAGGUUGGCUCACUUCUUUUUACUCAACGACGAGGAAGACGACGAACAUCCCAGAGGCCUGACCAAAGAGCAGAUCGACAAUCUAUCCACACGUACGUACGGUCAGGCCAGCCUCGAAGGCGAGAUGGGUCGCGCCUGCAGCGUGUGCAUCAACGAAUACGCUCAAGGCAACAAACUGCGGCGCCUGCCCUGCUCCCACGAGUUCCACGUCCACUGCAUCGACCGCUGGCUCUCCGAAAACAACACCUGCCCCAUCUGCAGGCAGCCCAUCCUCGCAGCACAUCAUGAUUGACCCGCUCACUCCUGCUCACGGCUGGCUGAACAGAGCAAACCCAAGUGGGCCUGGCGUGUACAUAUCGCUUUCACAGUUUUUCUUUGAAAACCUCUGUUGAGUUGAAAAAGGCCGAACCAAAAGUGUGCAAAGUAGGAAAGAAACUUUAAAUCCAGAGAAUUAACAAAACUUUAUUUUUUUAGAUGCUAUGUUUUCAGAAGGUCAUUUAGCUCUUCCUGUGACCUUAGUUGCUACUUGUUUCAUCGGGCCUCAGAAGUCUCAGUAGAUGGCCUUUAUGCUUUAGGAUCUCCUGCAUUGACCGUUGAAUAGUCUGAUUCUAACUCUUUUGUGUGAGAUAUGCGUGACUUUUUCCACAACUGACCAUACAAAUCACUUGUGGGUUUGGUUUAAUCCGUAUGAGCUGUAUAUACGAGUGCACUGCUUAUCAGGUUCUUGAAGAGAUACAAAAUUAACAUCCCAUCUACUCAGAAUGGAAGAAGGAAGCGUUUUUGUUUUAUUUUAUUCUAAAACCUUAAGUCCAUUUUAAAGUUUCUUAAAUUGUGAGUUUUGAGAGAGUUUUGUAUUCACUAUGGAAAUACUGUGCUUGUAUUAGUUUAAGCCCUAAAGUUAACAAUGCAAUAGAGAAAUCCAUCAGUCAUCCCCUAAAAUCUGUCACUUUGAAUUACAACCAUCUCCUGAUUUGUCGCCACGGUUCCAGUAAAACACAGGCUGUUGAUAAUCAGACUGGUCAGUACAAGUUGUGCAAUAUCAAGAGAGGGAGAUCUUGUCUUGUUGGACAUUAACAUUGUUGUCUCUGAUUGCCAUUUCCACUCUAAAACAAUCUCUGAAGUUCAUGUUUUCUCAGAUAUCAGUUGAGAACAGACUGGGAAGAUGAGACUGAGGAAAUAAAAUAAUUCUGCAGUUUGUCCCACUAACCCAAAAUCCCUCAUAUAGCAUCUGACUUUGUGCAACCUGAUUUUUUUUUUUUCAUCUAUUUUUUUUCCCAAAACAUGCACAGAAAAACAUUUUUCAUGUAGAAGACAUGGAUUAAGAGCUACCCCACCCAGUUUCAUUUGUUUCUGUCACUUUAUACAUAACUGCAGUACUCGCCACUUAACUGCAUCUCUGCAGUUUCUGUGUCCCCAGCUAAACUGCAGGGUUGUUGGAGAACAGUAUGUAGGAAUGUGUGAGAGUGUGUGGUUUAUUUGCCUGUGUGUGUUUGUGUGUAAAAAGAAGGCCUGGUGUCCAUUACGGUUGGUUCUAUAAGAACCCUUCUGUUCUGUAUGGCCACCUCGGUGGGUUGGUGUGGGCAAAUGGUUCAGAAGUGAAUAUUUAUUCUGUUCCUAUUUAAUAUGAUGGAAAUGAGUCUUUGAAAUAUGAACUGAUAAAUGUUGCUAUGUGGUGAGAGUAAAUAAAAUGGCUUUGAUGAAUA